AUGGUUCCCUUAGCCGCUGUGUCAUCAAUACGUCCAGAACAUAAUUUGGUGCAAAAUGAGAAUUAUACGUCUAUGGCCACAAUGACAAGCUUACCAGCAGUAUCAAUACAUGAUUCUUCUGAAGUUAUUUCAUGUGACUUUAGUACUGUGACCUCUGAACACAACAUAUCUACAGUAACAUCUACAAAUCAGGAAUCAAAUAAUGUUCAAAAUUUAACUUCUAUGGAUAACAUACAAAAAAUUUCCAUCGAACAGUUGACCAGUGCACCAAUAAGAUUUAAGAAAUCAUUGCAGUGUGAUAUGCCAAAUUGUAACAAAGAGUUUAUGAGUGAACCAAAGUUAAAAAAACAUAAAAGUUCACACAACAAAGACAGCAGUACUAAAUCUGCAAGGCAGAUAACAGUGGAGUGUCCAGUUAAAAAGAUUCUCGAAAAUGGGUUGGAAGAGUCAUGUGGAAGAAUAUUUCAUGUUAGAGAGGAACUUGUAAAACAUUUGAAUGAAGAGCAUACAAUAGAAGAGGCAGCUUAUAGGUGUCAGGAGUGCGGGCGGCGGUUCUUCUGGGCGUCAGGUCUCCGUGCGCACGCCCGCGCCCACGCGGGGCGUGCGGGGCGCUCGGCGCUGGCGUGUCCGUGGCCGGGCUGCGCGCGCGUGUUCCGCCAGCCCUGCCGCCUGCGCGAGCACGCGCGGGCGCACACCGGCGACAAGCCCUACCCCUGCCGAUACCCGAACUGUGGCUGGUCGUUCCGCACGGCCAGCAAGCUCUUGCGGCACGCGCGGCGGCACACGGGCGAGCGGAGACACGCGUGCGCCACGUGCGGCCGCGCCUUCCUGCGCCGCGAGCACCUGCGCGACCACGCCGCGCGGCACCACGCGCCCGCCGCGCGCCGCGCGCACGCCUGCCCGCACGCCGGUAACUACAGCCCACACACUACUGCGCUAGCUGGUGCGCCGCGAGCACCUCUGGUGCGCCGCGAGCACCUGCGCGACCACGCCGCGCGGCACCACGCGCCCGCCGCGCGCCGCACGCACGCCUGCCCGCACGCCGGUAACUACAGCCCACACACUACUGCGCUAGCUGGUGCGCCGCGAGCACCUGCGCGACCACGCCGCGCGGCACCACGCGCCCGCCGCGCGCCGCACCUGGUGCGCCGCGAGCACCUGCGCGACCACGCCGCGCGGCACCACGCGCCCGCCGCGCGCCGCACGCACGCCUGCCCGCACGCCGGUAACUACAGCCCACACACUACUGCGCUAGCUGGUGCGCCGCGAGCACCUGCGCGACCACGCCGCGCGGCACCACGCGCCCGCCGCGCGCCGCACGCACGCCUGCCCGCACACUGUCAGCAAAGCUUCACGAACAUGAGUUCCCUGUAUAUGCACACGAAGAAAGUACAUAAAAAGAAAGAAAAUGAUCAACCAGCGAAUCCCACGACUAGUGACAAUCAAGAAUUACCAAAAGUAACGUCCGAAAAUUUGUUCAUGGUGAGUCUGCUGGAGGCGGGCGCGGCUGGCGCGGCGGGCGCGGAGGAGGCGCACGCGGCGCGCACGCACUGCACGUGGCCGCUGGCGCGCGCCCCGCCCUGCGCGCCCGACGCCUGCGUGCUGGCCGACGACGUGCAGGUGGAGCAAUCUGAAGGAUUUGAAAAUAACAUAUAUACUGUGAGAAGUGAUCUGUUUCUUCACGGAAACGUUCUGCACAACGAGGACAGCGAGCCGAUGUCCCGCUGCGUGCGCGUGGCGGAGGACGGCGCGCUGGCGCUCGACGCCGACCUGCUGCUGGACGCGCCCUCCGUGCACCUCGACCAGGAGGAACUCUAUACAGACGCCGUGGACGAGUCUUCCUUCAGAGUAUUUCUGCUCAGUGGCGAGGAACUUGCAUAAACGUCUAAGACUGCCUUUAGCUAAAAUGUUCUUAUUUAUAUUCUCUGUGUAACAGCGGUAAUUGAUGCUAAGUAGUAUGAUUCAUUUGUAUAUAAAACGGAAUAUUUACUAUGUUUUUGUUUGGUCAUUUGAGUUUCCGAUAUUUCGAAACUAAUGCAAGCGCCAUAGUCUCAGAUGUAUUGCGCUAUUGUGUCAAUGAUUUCCGACAAACGAAAUAAAUAUACCGCUUAUCAUACGAAUCAUGAUGCUUAGCUGUAACUUGGCAAGCUAUUUACUAAACGCUUUUAGCCAAUUUAAUUCAAUUCAAUUUGAAAUUGAAAAAAAAUUAUAAAAUAAAAAUAAUUCGAAUGCAUGCAAAGCGUGUGACGUCAGUUGUUAUAAGAGUUAAAAAGAUGAUUUAUGGUACUCGUGACGGGGACAGCUGGGUCAAAAUUUCUGUUAGUGCCGUCCUUAUUUCUAAUUAUUUACUCAAAGAUUUCUAAAAGAAAAAUUCUAUACAAUGUACGGUCGCGCUUAGUGUCAGAGUUCUGUUUUUAGAGUUUAGAAAAAAAAAGUUUAAUUCAAAUGUCAAAGAAAAGAAAUAUGAAUUAUUAAUUA